AACUAAAUACUAAAAAAAACUUGUUUUUACUGAACCAGUGCAUUCGCAUUGUAUCAUCAUUUGUAUCUACAUAUUUGGUGCCGUAAAUUGGUGACUGAGGUUAAUUUAGUAUAUACACUUGUAAUUUGUGCAAUUUGUUACUAAAAUAAAUAAAUUAUAUUUACCAUGGCGGCAUUGCCUAAAGAAGCUAUUGCUCAACUGAAAGUGUUUAUCCACCUUGUAAAAACUAAUCCAGAAUUACUGCAUACACCGGAUUUGAAGUUCUUCAAGGAUUUUUUGGAAUCCUAUGGAGGAAAGGUGCCUGAAGUGUCGAGCCAGAGCCAGAGCCAAAGCCAGAGUUCACCAUCCAAGAAGCCUACCCCUGCUCCGGAACCCAAGCCACCGACUCCGGAGCCUGAGAGUGAGGAGAGUGACAUUGAGUUGGACAACUCUGGCGUGAUCGAGCCAGAUACAGCAGAACCAUUGCCGGAGGUUGAUGAGGCAAUGGAAAUCACUGAAGAGCAGAUGGACCAGUCCAACGAGAAAAAACGAGAGGCUAUCAAAGCCUACUCAGACCAGGAGUAUGAAAAGGCAGCGGAAUUUUACACUGAGGCUAUUAAGUUGAACCCAGGAUCUGCUUUGUUGUAUGCUAAGAGGGGUCAAUGUUACCUGAACACCAAUAAGCCCAAUGCGUGUAUUCGAGAUUGUACACGUGCGCUUGUCAUCAAUCCUGACUGUGCGCCGGCAUACAAGUUCCGUGGUAGAGCGCACAGGCUACUUGGUAACUGGGAACAAGCUGCUCAGGAUCUACGGAAUGCUUGCAAGAUUGACUUUGAUGAACAAGCUGAUGAGUGGUUGAGGGAAGUCACACCUAACGCUCGCAAACUGGAGGAGCACAAGUUGAAGUAUGAGCGCAAACGGCGUGAGAAGGAACUGCAGGAGAAGAAGGAGAGAGUGCGGCGUGCACGAGAGGCAAACGAGGCUGCAAGGCAGGAAGCAGCUCAAAAUAUGGAUGAAGAUAUGGCUGGUGACUUCUCUGGAUUGGGUGGUGGAAUGGGUGCCAACCUCUUCAACCUGCUUAACGACCCAGAACUGAUGCAAGCCUUUAAGGACCCAGAAGUGGCUGCAGCGUUCCAGGACAUCUCCCAAAAUUCAUCCAAUUACAUGAAGUACCUUGACAAUCCGAAGGUAGUGGCUGUCAUAGAGAAGAUGUCCGGCAAGUAUAGUGGCAUGGCUGGUGGCUUCCCUGGAGGCUUCCCUGGUGGUCCUCCCCCACCCCCCUCAUCUGACGACACUGAGCUUGACUGAAUUGGUCCGGCUAACCACAGCCUACAGAAGAUGCCUUUAUUAUCUCAUGUUAAUCCGUGGUCACUUUUGUUUUCUUUUAGCCACUUCUGUUUCUAUCAAAUGUUGUUGAAUGCUAUAGUGAUACCAGUAAAUAAUUUCAGUUACAGUUUAUGACAUAUAGUCAUUUUAUUUUAUUCUUAUUCUACUUCCUCCUACUAUUAUUGUUUCAAAUUAAAUUACAUUCUGCAAACUGCUGUAAUUUUUGCCCCAUUUAGUUUUAGUUUUUUUUAAUGUUUUUAGAUGCAACAUGAUUUAUUUUUGUUUGAUGUUUUUUGGUAUCAAACAAACAUGCAAAAAUGGGUUUACAUUAUGAUUAGACUAUAAUACACUGAACCACGACCUUGAUAAUCCAAGCUCGUCGGAGCCAGAGAUAGUUCAGAUUACCAAAUUGUCUUCAUUGUCAAACACUUCUUUGUUCAAAUCUUUGAAAAUGUGGAGGAUUUAAUUGGUUAUUAAGAUAUUCUUUCAAUAGUAAUCUCCUUACAUUAUAUUUACUCUCAGAAAUACUAAAAGUACAAAACACAGGAGCUUGAAAGACACCAUGUAUUGUGACAAUAUUAGACAGACAAUCUAAGUGACCCAACUGAGAAAACUAAAAAAAGCUGGAUAUCUAGAACAUCAGUAACCCAAGAAUGGGCUUGGAAUCCGACAUAUGAGAAACCGUUAGAAUAUUAAGAUUGUUUUAUUGUUGUUUAUAGAGUGAUAUGUGUUUGCUGCCAUGAUUACACAUUAAUGAGUUGCAUUUUUUCUCAAUUAAAAUUGUGUUCACCAUACCAUCUUUGUACACAACUGUUUGUAAGAUUACAACUAUUUGGAUUAUCAAGGUUCUAUUCUAAUAACAUAAGAAGAGAGGCAUUCUUUGUAAAGGCAGAGGGCUAUUUUAAAAGAUAACAAAAUAUUGUAUAACAAAAACACUUAAAAAAUGAACAAAAUUUUAGCUGCAAACAAAAUUUAGGUAGUAAAGAAAUUUUUAUUAAUUUUUUUAAACUUAUCACUGUAUAAUUUAUUAAUUUUAAAAUUAAUAAAUUAUAUUUAUGUGUUGUUUCUAUUUUGUGUUUCUAUUAAUUCGUAGUCAGAGUCAGAACAAAUUAUACAUUACCUUAUCUUUAUACUGUUUAAAAUUAGGCAAUACAUGUUACUUUUUAAUUAUUAAAAGUGCUUCUUUUUUGCAAGUGUUUUGGUUUUAAGUCUGCUAAAGUUUUAGCUACCAAAGUUAUAUUGCUAAUUGUGUUAAGUAAAUUGAUUAUUAUGAGCUGAUAGGUUGGCACUUCAAAGAUCAAUAAAGUGUGUUACAUUUGCUGAUACGAUUGUUAUUGUUUCCUAAAUAAAAGCAUUUUAAAUGUUCAUAAAUGUUUGUGUGAGGUUUAUUUACCAUUUAUGUAAAAUGUCUUUCCCUUUCAGUUAGAGGAACAUCUUGUCCACUACAGCCACUUACUUGAAAAAUAAAACUAAUUCAUAUUAGAUUACUUAGGUUAGUUCUUAAGUUUGUGUUAUUUAAAACAUGUCUUUACAUCACACAACAUUACAUCUUCCAAUAUCUGAAUAUAAGCUUGCAUAUGACAGUGGACAAGUAAAACAGAUUUGAUUAACUCCUACCUGAGUGCCAACACAGCUGUUGUAAUUAGUUAAUUGAUGUUAGUUUAUAGUGUAAUUAAUCUUAGUGUGGACUGAUUUUAGUAUUUUUGGUAUAUAUUGUUUUAGAGAACCCGUAAUUCUCUUUUGUUUAAACUUAUUUCUUUUUAUUUUGUGUAAUGCAUGAACAAAUGACAAUUAAAAAAUUAUUGUUACUUGGAACUGUCACAAAUUAAAGUGGCAAUUUUGUAUUUUACGUUUUGUAUAAAAACAAUAAUAUUUAAUGAGUGGCAGUGUAUAGCAUUUUAAAUAUGUAUUAAACUAUAAUAAUUCAACUUUUAAUCAUUGUUUGCUGAAAGAAACUGUUUUUAUUGCAGUUACAUUAAAUUGUGUGUAGUAUUUGUGUUCAGGUCAGGGUGUAAUAUUGCUGAAUGUGUUCAGUGAUAAUUUGUGUUUCCAAUUCAGAAAGAGUUUCACUAAACCAGACCUGUUUUCCGACUAGUUAACAAUCAAGGGUAUAACUGCCAUACAAAUGUAAUGUGUCUAAAUCAGUGCUGUGAAAUAUAUAGAGUUUUUGUUUUGCACUGGGAAAAUUCCAGAUAGCUCAACCUGUUUGUUCUAUACAAUCACAGUUGAUUAUAGUUUGGUGUCUCCAAAUUCUUACUUGUUAUGUAUUGUGUUUUCCAAUUUACAGCCUUAUUUUUAUUCAGCACACUUUAUUUAUAGUUUCAGUAACCAUACUAUAACAUUGUCUAUUGACAUAAAAAGCAUUGAUUUGAUAAGAUUGAUCCAUCUCAAACUUGUUCAUUGAUGUUUAAAAGCCGGUUGUACAGGUGAACAUUGUUAUUGUAUCCCCAUAAGAACAAUGCUAAACUUCAACCACUUUUAAGCCCUUAUCAGUCAUAUAAUUAAGGGAGGUGUCUCAUUUGAAAGAUGUACUUAAUACACAUCCAAACGCUUCUGGUUUUUUAUUGAUAUUUUUAAUUACUAUUCAGAAAAGGUUACAAAACUUUUUAUGUUAUUGUUAAAAUAAAAAAAAAAACAAAUAGACUUUAGAAGAAUAAAUAAAUAAAUUUGAAAGUUUAUUAACCACAUUUUAAAAAUGAGACACCUCCCUUAUUAUAUGACUGAUAAGGGCUUAAAAGUUAAACAUUGUUAUGGAUUAGGACUCGAGGUCAUUUCAGUCUAGCCAGCUCUUGAGACGAUUUUUUAAAUCUGAACUUGUAUUAAUCCAGUAAUAGUCUGGUCCCAGCAAGUCUGGUUUAGUGAGUUAAACUGUACUAAACACUACUAGUUAUUAGUUGUAUUCAUAAAACACAUGUUGAAUAUAAAAUAUAUAAUGUUAUUGUUUCAGAGUGCUGAACUCAAUUAUGUUCUAGCUGCAUGUCACUAAAUGUUUAUGUCUGUUUGUUAGUUUUGGUAAUGUGUUUAUACUGGUUGUUUGCAUUCACCAAACUAGUCAGCUUGUAGGUGACAUGGUGUAGUUUCCUUGCGGAUUGUUACAAUAAAUCUCGAACAUGAUAA